AUGUUCCUGGACAAACUACAGUUCUCGGCCUCCACGUUUCUCUGCUCCGCCCUUGGAGGCUCGGUGGCCACGCCCUUGAACGCCGACGAGCAGGAGACCCUCUACAAGCUGUCCUCGAAGAACGCCGACCUCUGCGCAGCCGACGGAGGCGCCCUCAUGUGGCUGGGGAUCACCGACCAGGACAGCGAGAAGGAGUGGUAUUACUACGACACGAAGGAGCCCGUCCAGUUCCUGCUGUGGUCUCAGGGGCAGCCCAACGGGGGCGUGCUGGAGAACUGCGCCGUGAUGAAGGGCGGGACGUUCCAGGGCACGUGGGCGGACAACGCGUGCAGGAAGUCGUUCAAGUUCUGCCCUGUGUGCCGCGUCGCCAUCCCCGUGUUCCUGCGGUUCCGCGGGAUCUGCGACUCCAACCUGUACGACGACCGCUUCAUCCUGGCCGGCCUCAGGAACAACAAGCCGUACUUCCGGGGCUACUACAGGUCGCACGUCUACUACACCGACGCGGGCAACUGGCAGCUGGAGAACAUCCUGGAGAACAACACCUUCGCCCUGAUGGAGGAGUCGGGGUCCAUCGACUUCCCCAUCGGCAGGAACAACUGGCAGUUCUCCCACGGCUUCUGCGGGAAGAAGGCGGGUGAGCUGCUGUCUCUCGCCCUCACGCAGUGCAGCAAGAACGAGGAGUUCACCUGCAACAACGGCAACUGCAUUCCGCUCGACCAGGUGUGCGAUCGACGAGCCCAGUGCGAGGACAAGUCGGAUGAGCUCGACUGCUCGACCGUCCUGCGACCCAACGGUUACCAGCCGACUCUCCCGCCGCCCUCCGUCAACGGCAGCGGCCCCCUGCCCGUGUUCUUGAACCUCACGCUGCUCUCCUUCAAGUCCAUCGACGCCAUCCGCAACAAGUUCACGGUCGACAUCGUCAUCCGAAUGAUCUGGAAGGACAUUCGGCUGCAGUUUAAGAACCUGAAGAAGGACCGCCAGCUCAACAUCAUUCUCCCAGAGGACGCCAAGGACAUCUGGGUCCCCGUCAUCGACUUCCUUAACGCCGAGAACAACCAGAAGUCGGAGGUUGACAACGACGCUAAGGUCACCAUCAAGAGGCUCGGGAAGAAGCUGGACGACAAUGUGGAGCUGUCUAAAGAAGCAUCCAUCUACAGCGGGAGUGAGAACUACAUCCGCAUAUCACGUAAAUAUACCGUCACCUUCACUUGCAUCUUCAGCUUCUUCUAUUACCCAUUCAACACGGAUUACUGCAGCAUGGUCUUUCGCGUGAAGCGCAACACCCUCACUUAUGUGUCACUGUUGAAGUAUGGCGAAGGCGUCAGUUAUGAGGCGAAUGACAAGCUCACAGAGUACGCGGUGGGCAGGAUCGAGGUGUCAGACUAUAUGACCAUUGACCCUUACUCAGGCUUGUCUGUCAGUAUCCAGAUGAAGCACCUCUACGCCUCUCAGAUCCUUACCAUCUUCAUCCCGACGACCAUCAUCAACAUCAUCUCGUACGCAACGUUUUUCUUCAAGUGGUACGACUUCCAGAACCGAAUCAUGGUCUCACUGACUUCCUUACUGGUCCUGAUGACCCUUUUCUCCCAGGUGGCCGACACUCUUCCCAGGACCUCAUACUUCAAGCUGGUCGACAUCUGGUUCUUUUUCUCCAUCAUCUAUACGUUCCUGAUCAUCAUGCUACACACGUUGGUCGAGUAUUUCCACCUCUACGAGCACGAGAUCAGAGCCAUGAAGGAAUGCAAGACACAGAAGAAGGAACCGGACCUUCCCAAAGGCCUCGAUGAGAAGUCGGAGCUGCAUCGCUUCUGGAGGGAGGCCAUCAAGAAGACCUUUGAGUCGCUGCAGAUCCCCGUCAGGAUCGCCCCGUCCACAGAGAACAAGACAGAGACGAGGGAGACGAAACAGGAAGACGGAAAGAAGAAAGAAAAGUGUCCGAAUUGGGCUUCGAAGUUCGUGAAUAAGUUCGGGAACGUCUUCUCUGCCGUGGUGUAUGUGGUGGUUAACUUGGUCUUCUGGGUCGUGGCUUUCAUGCAGAAGAUUCAGGAGAACUACAAGGACUAUCUGGCUUCCAUGUCCAAGCCUGAAGUCCCUGACAACGUCGGUUACCCUUGA